AUGUUGGUCUUGUCUCUGUGUAAUCUAACACCAUCGCCCGGUAUAUCUAUCACACAUAAACUACCUUUCGCGGCCGCUGACUUAUUCGAUUUACUCACGGGUUAUUUCAUCUCUGCUCGAGAUCAUCGCAAUGCAAUCAAUGCAGAGUCUGCUGAUUUCAUUAGGGUGUGUGGUGCUGCAGCUGGGAAGAGGAUACCACCACGGCUGAGCGCGAUAUUCUGGAAUAUGGCCGGCGAGCUUCUAUCCCUCAGGGACUGCCUUCUGUUCGAGGAUCUCCAGCCCGGAAUCAUCGCUUAUGUUUGGAAGCCCCUAGCUGCCGAUUUCUCUAUACUACGGUCUGAGGUUGGUAUUGUUCUACGUAAAACUGCGAGAGGAGUGCCUGAGGAAGCCAAUGGGGACCUCCCAGAGAGAAUAGCUCAUUGUGAGGAGCUCAUGGCCAAUGUUAUCUCAGAUGUGAGCGCAAAGGCUGCUGAUUCUUCGAUAUCAUCACCCAGUACGGCAGCAAUAGUGCAGUUCUACUAUGCUGUUGGCUCUAUUCUGUACAUCUCUGGUUUGGCAGAGGAUUAUCGGUUAGCUGCUGUGGCUCAGAAAAAGGAGGAAGAAAGGAUGAGGAAAGAGAAGAAAGAGGUGAUGGCCGCUGGGUUUGGUUAG